ACCCUAAAAAUCGCGGGACCCUAAAAACCGCGGGACCCUAAAAACCGCGGGACCCUAAAAACCGCGGGACCCUAGACCAUGAAUGUACUAUGAAAAGCAACCUGAGCAUAUCCAGGGCCACCAAAGAGGGGACAAGGGGCAAAUUGCCCAAGUGAUAAUAUCCAUUUUAAAAAUGUCACUAAUUAAAUGUCAGAAAAGUAUGCCUACAAAAUGGUAAAAUAUUUUAAAAGAAUGCAAGAAAAAAAUGCUGAAAUGUAUUUUAAGCUAAUCUAAAAAGAGUUUCCCUCGAAAUUUUCUGAUGGCUUCGUUUGGAGAAGGCGUCUUCUUUCUACAUUGGGCCACCAGAAGACAUCAACAGCCCUAAAAUACUCCAUGCACUAUUAGCCAGUCCUGAACAAUCAAACAAACAUUAAAUGUUGGAAUCAAAAUAUCAACUGAGUAUCAACUGCGCAGAGAUUAGCUGAACUUCUAUCGACUUCUGCCAACGAGUGGUUUUCAAAUGUUUUUCCAACUGAAGAAGACAAUAACACUGAGUGGAAAAAUGGCAAAGAAAAGAUAAAGAAAAGUAACUUGUGAAAACUCAACGAUUAAUUUAUUGUUUUUUAUGGUCGAAGAAGUUACAAAUAUGUUGAUAUUUAAAUGAUUUGAUCAUCGCACAGUCCCUUGCAUCACCAGUUGCAUUAGCUAAGAUACCAAUUGCAAUAUAUAAAACACACAAAUGAAUUGUUCUUCAAGUAUUGUUGUGGCAGAAUGGCAAUGGUCGCAUAAAUCGCGAAAUAAAGGACCUGGCCAGUAAAUAUUUCUUAGGUGCCCUGCCCUAAAACACUUAUUUUCAUCAAAUUAUGCAGUGAAAAUUAUUUUAAAACUAGAAAUGCCUUUAGAAAAACUCAACCAGUCUUGAAUAAUUACACCUUUUGUCAAAACUUUUUAUUUGGGGUUUAGUUGAACCACAUAUUAUGCUUCAAAUUUAUAUGGCACAAUGUAUUUGGAUUUAAAACCUGUCUUUAUUUUGCAAAUCAGUGAACUGCAGGUCAGCGAAAUUAGAUGUUACAAAUAUUGGAAAAAUUAAAUGUAAAACAACUGUAAAACAAAAAGAUGUCACAAAUAUUGGGAAAAUCGAACACAGUGAAAAAAUUAAAAGGUUGACAGACCACUUGAGGGAUAGAAAUUAAACAAAUAUCCUCUAAAUCAAGCAUCUCAAAAAUUUCUUCGUUGUGAAGUAGUUUUUGCUUUGUCGAAAUAAAUAAUUUGGAUGAAUUUUUGUUAACGAAAGAAUGACAAAUAUUACGCUGUACAGUGUCUCUUGCUCAGGGGUGUAGAGCUAGGGGGCUCAGGGGGGCUGAACCCCCCUUGUUAAUGCCGAAAAUUGGCAAAUCUCUUCUUUUGCUAUUGUUUUCGCAACAUUUUGGCAAGAGCACCCCUUGUUAUUUUGAUAGCACUACACCACUGCUCUUGCUAUGCUUUUUAGGCAAUGCAUAUGUUCGAUGCUUGUAUUUUUUCAUGUCGAUGCAUCUGCCUUUUUGUUAUGUGAUUCAAUACCCAUUUUUCAAUUGGCACAUUUCUUAUUUAUGUGUUGGUCUUAUCAAUAAUGAUGCUUGUUGUCAAUAAAUACCCAGUGUUUAGCUUCAGUAGCGGCGCGACAAAAUGCAUGUCAUCUUUAUUUAAUCUUGAUAAUGAUUACAGCAUUCUAUUUUAACUUUGUGAGCCUAUUGAAAUAUGUUUCUGUGAUUUCAGUGAAUAAUUUCACUCACUAUGCAUACGUGAGUCAUAGCACCAUUGUUUAUUCAUGCAGCAUCAAGAGGUAUAAAUACUCAUCAGUAUAAUGAAGGUCCAAAGUGCUUUGUUCGAUGUAAACUAAAUCGAAUUUGAAAUGUUGUUUCUGUAAUAACAUCAUAAAAAAAACAACAUCUAACGCAACGCUAUGCAAAGCCCGAAGGGUUUACCUUGGAGAAAAAAACGGGGAUGGGCCUGCAGUAUAGAAUUUGAUGACCCUGCCAGGAAUAGAAUUUUAAAAUCACGAUACCUAAAAAUUUGAAAUAUUCAAUCGGGAUACCUGUGUCUGAAAAAGGGGACAAGAGGUAUAAUAUUUUUGUAGAAUUUUUGACCAAAACUAAGUCCCUGUGUUGGCAGGCACAUACCCGAACCGGGGCAGAAUUUCGAUAUAUUCUUAAAGAUGGAUGAUUUUGAGCAUGAAAAUUGUUAUGGACAAUAUUUUUGCGAAAGAAAAAAUAUGAAACAAAAUAGAAUGAAAGGAUCGUGGACAAAUGACCGAGGCAAAAGCCCACCGGAAUCGAAAUUUUUCUUUAAGUAUGUACAUGAAUAAUUUAUGUAUAAAUUGUAACGGGUGCAUAUUAAAAAGUCUGCGACUUGAAGAAUACUGCCAAAUCAACGAGAUCACUAUCAGGACGAUUCUAUCUGACUUAGAGCAACCAUGAGGCUACAUAUUGUAGACAUAUUCUGGUUUCAGGCUUAUUUUCUGUUUGUCAAAAGUAACUUUGCCACCAUCGGCAAUUUCUUCCAGCAAACGGAGAAUGGAGAUGAAGUCAGUCUGAAAAUGGAAGAAGCUUUUAUAAAACCAGAAUUUUUCCACUGUGACCGGGCAACUUCUUGCUCUCGUGUUCUAAAACGUCAGGGUGCAGGACAUUACCAAACAAAUACAGAAGUGACUCCCCUGGAAGAAGAAGAAAGUGUCAUUGCUGCGUGGAAGAAAGUCAAACAACCCACAGAUUGCAAGGACCUCUACGACAGCGGGAAAAGAGACAGUGGCAUCUACGAAAUAAUCAGACCGAACUCAAACAAUCAAGUUAUGAUUGUUAACUGUGAUAUGGAAACAGACGGCGGAGGUUGGACUGUGAUACAACGCCGUAUUGAUGGCUCAACCGAUUAUCAACGUGGCUGGUCUGAUUAUAAAGAUGGAUUUGGCGAUGUUGGCAAGAAUAUGUGGAUCGGGUUAGAGAAUAUGCACUAUCUUGCUAGUCCUGAUGCCAGUACCACCCUACGAAUAGAUCUGAAGCACCGACUUAAAGGCGAUGAGCUUUUCUUCGCAACAUACCGUAGCUUCCAAAUUAGCGAUGAGAGUGAUCGAUACCGUAUCAGUGUUUCUGGAUAUUCUGGAACAGCUGGUGAUGCUUUUAACAUGCUUCCAUCUCAUAUGACAAAUAACAACAUGGUAUUCUCUACCAAAGAUAGUGACAAUGAUAAUAAACUUAAAUAUAACUGUGCAGAUACUUUCAAAGGUGGCUGGUGGUAUAAUGGAUGUCAUAACUGCCAGCUUAAUGGGUUAUUUCCAAGUAAGGAUUCAUCAGAUCCUAUUUACAUGUCAUGGGGAACAAUUGAUGAUAACCAUGGCAACGUCAAUUUUUCUGAAAUGAAGAUCAGACGUAACUAGAAUCCAAUGGCGAGAGGCGGCCUAGAGAAAGGCCGAGCGCGCUUUUCUUCCACCUCACCGAAUACUUUCUAAUGACAAAUGAGAAGAAACCAUUUAACCAAACGUAAUUACUGAUAAGGUUUUUCAGACAUGAAGAAUCACAUUUCAUCUUGGCAUGUUUAAUUUUGACUGUAAUUAUUGUUUUUGAUGACGUCGCAAGUGUACCUUUUUUCAUUUCUUUAUCCUGUGUCCUCAUUUAUCCAACUAAGUCCAGUAAAACAUAUUUAUUUGGAUAAAAGAUAACGAGACCUUUCGACUGGUGCAUGAAUUUACAUUGAUCAGGUCAUAGAACAAAGAAAACUGAAAUUGUUCAGGGAUAUGCACACUUUCUCUUCGCCUUUAAUCCAGUAGAAUAGCGGUAAUCAGGAUAUCAUAAGCUGGAACUUUAACUUUUUUCAAAACCGCUGCUGUGCUGAAUGUGCUUGGCUUGGCUAGAUAUUCAAAGACAACCUCCCUCAUUUCUAAUGCUUUUAUGUUACUGUCUCUAUUUUUAAUGGUUAGCAGAAUUGAUUUGGUUGAUCGCUAUUCUUCAAAGGUAACAUUUGUCGUCUUUCAAUGUCUCGCCUACGAACCUUUGAUCCGCUACACAGUACAGUCAUAGCUGCUGCUGCCUGACAACUAAUCAGAUUUACAAACAACAUCGAUAUAGCUAUUUAUCAGAUUCAUUUUCACUGCUUUUUUUCAUUUUCUUCCUUCCUAAAAGAGCUUCCUGCUCUCCUCUCUGUCUUUUUAUCUAGGAGUUGUUAGCCAUCUGAAUCGUUCUCUUUAAUUAUGGUUCUCUCACGGAGCUUACCAGACAUAGCAUUUGAGAAGCAUCACUUAUAAACUCGACUUUUAUCUUUGACUGUGUUCU